AUGGCGGACGAUCUCCAAGCCGAACAUACACCAGGGUUCAAGGUGGGGGAGAAGAAGACGUUGGAGGAAUAUCAGAAAUUGGACGCGGACGACGAGGCCAUGAAGCGAUACAAGGAAUCACUGGGCCUGGGCGGAGGCACGCAAAUUGGCGACCCUAACGACCCUCGCACAUGCAUCAUUAAAUCUCUUGCGUUGGAAGUCGAAGGCCGACCAGAUAUAAUCAUCGAUCUAACUCAACCCGGAGCCCUCGAAACUCUUAACAAACACCCCUUCACCAUCAAGGAAGGCUCCAAGUACCGCAUGAAGGCCGUCUUCACUGUCCACCACGAGGUGCUUUCUGGUCUCAAGUAUAUCCAAGUUGUCAAGCGAAAAGGUAUCCGUGUGAGCAAGGACCAGGAGAUGAUUGGCAGUUUUGCCCCCAACACCACCAACACACCCACAUACACGAAGGUUUUCGCCGAAGAAGAGGCUCCUUCCGGCAUGCUGGCUCGUGGCCAUUACGAGGCAAGUACCAGGUUUGCUGAUGACGACAACCGUACACAUCUCGAGUUCGACUGGUCAUUCGAUAUCGCCAAGGACUGGAAGUGA